AAAGAGAGGGCGACCGUGUUGUUGUUGUUGUUAAGAAGCACAACAAAAGGCGAGUGGAUGUAAGACGCGCUAUCGCUGCUGAGGUGUUUGAGGCGGUUUGUCCGGAGCGUGCAGUUUUACAGGUCUACUUGGAAGACCACACUGAGAAAUACACACUUCCAUACACACCAUAAAAGCCGGAGCUGGAUGCUGGAGUGCUGUACGGAAACUAUAAAGUCAUCUUUCAGUUUUGGACGUCUGUCUCUGGGGAGCGCCGAUUUAAGCUUUGUGGAUUUACGGACAACCAGAGAGCCCGUUUUUUUCUGACAAACAAACAAGCUUCAAACCUGGAUGUUCUAUUUAAUCACCAUUACCAAGGAUUGACUUGUGCUUGUUCUUGGGGACAAAAAUUAGUGACAAACUGUGAAGGAAAGGUCACGUGAUCCAGAAAAUAUAAAUUCAGGACAAUACAAAGACACACAAAAAAAAAAAGAGCAAUAUUGAACUUCCUGAUUCGAAGAGAAACCUUUUUUUGCUCGUCCUUUCUCCAACCUGCAGGCGUAUAAUUUUCUAUACUCCGAGCAGGUGUAUUAUAUUUAUGCAUAUAAAUGGUUAUUUCUCUUCAUUUGGAAGAGCGUUCAUGUUAAACCUAUUCCUGUGACGUCAGUGACUCUCCUUUGAAGAGGUUGCACUGUACAUGUACAUAGCUGUAAAUAUUUUUAAAUGCUAAACGACCUAAUUGAGAUUCUAUUAUACCAUUGUAAAUGUUUUAUUAGACCUUUUAUAUACCAGUUGUUGUAAAAAGACAAAAGCGAUAGAUAACUGGUGAACUUUUGAUAAAGCGAAACAAAAGACGACGAAAAGACGUGAUGGCUACUGCGAAGAUGGAGAAUGUAGGCGCUGUCGCAAUGGGGAUCAGCAAGCAGAACGGGCAGCUCAGGGGGCUGAGCUCGCAGUCGGGACCCACCGUUCAGAGCAAUCCAUUCGCAAGAGUUGCUACUGGAGGCCAAAAACCUGCUGCAGACUCUCAGGAAGGAUCUGGAAUCAGGUUUGGUGAAGACUGGAAAAAGAGCCUGCAGCUUCCACCCAAAGACAAUAGAGUGAAAACUUCAGAUGUGACCGCCACGAAGGGGAACGAGUUUGAAGACUACUGCUUAAAGAGGGAGUUACUCAUGGGGAUCUUUGAAAUGGGCUGGGAGAAACCGUCCCCUGUCCAGGAGGAGAGCAUCCCCAUUGCUCUUUCUGGUCGUGACAUCCUGGCUCGUGCCAAAAAUGGGACAGGAAAGAGUGGAGCGUACCUGAUUCCUAUGCUGGAGAGGAUCGACCUGAAAAAAGAUUAUAUCCAGGCUUUAGUAAUGGUGCCCACUCGUGAGCUUGCACUACAAGUCAGCCAGAUCAGCAUUCAGCUCAGUAAGCAUCUUGGUGGAGUCAAAGUCAUGGCCACCACCGGUGGAACAAACCUCCGAGAUGACAUCAUGCGUCUGGAUGAGAUCGUGCACGUUGUCAUAGCGACACCAGGCAGGAUACUGGACUUGAUCAAGAAGGGUGUCGCGAAAGUGGAUAAAGUUCAGAUUAUGGUUAUGGAUGAGGCUGAUAAGCUGCUCUCCCAGGAUUUUGUGGUGCUCAUUGAGGAUAUCAUCAGCUUCCUGGACAAGAACAGACAGAUUUUGUUGUAUUCCGCCACCUUUCCCAUCAGUGUGCAGAAAUUCAUGGCGAAGCAUCUGAAGAAGCCCUAUGAGAUUAAUCUGAUGGAAGAGCUGACGCUCAAGGGCAUCACGCAGUACUAUGCCUACGUUACUGAGAGGCAGAAGGUGCACUGCCUCAACACACUCUUCUCCAGGCUGCAAAUCAAUCAGUCCAUCAUCUUCUGCAACUCGACUCAGAGAGUGGAACUGCUGGCCAAGAAAAUUACCCAACUGGGCUACUCCUGUUUCUACAUCCAUGCCAAGAUGAUGCAGGAAUACCGAAACCGUGUUUUCCAUGACUUCAGAAAUGGGUUGUGCAGAAACCUGGUCUGUACAGAUUUGUUCACAAGAGGCAUCGAUAUCCAGGCAGUGAACGUGGUCAUCAACUUCGACUUUCCGAAGAAUGCGGAGACGUAUCUGCAUCGAAUCGGGCGCUCAGGGAGGUUUGGCCACCUGGGUCUGGCCAUUAACUUGAUCACAGCGGAGGAUCGAUUCAACCUGAAAGCCAUCGAGGACCAGCUGGUGACUGACAUCAAGCCCAUCCCCAGCAACAUCGAUAAAAGUCUGUACGUGGCAGAGUUCCACUCAACCAACGACGAGGCAGAGGAGCAGGAGACACCCCAAGACCCCUAAAGUACCACCAGAACUGGACAAGUCGGUGCCACAACGAAUGGAUGAGUCAAUCUGGGGUGUGAAAGAGAGAGCGAGCGAGCAUAGCCUAAUAUAUUGAAGUAUUUUACAUUUUCAGUUAAGCAGUAUGAAGAUCUGCUUAACAUUUCAUCUUGGAGUCAAAACACAUUGUACGAGGGUAAGUCAAAAAGUUCUAAGACGGAUGUUAUAAUUUCAAAAGAAUUCAAAAAAAGGAAUACAAAAUUCUCCGAUGGAAACAUCGUUUGCAGAAGUGUUUAGACUUAGCUUUGUUAUUUUCAUAAAGAUUUUUUUUCAAUUUGUCUUCGAAUUUUUUGACACCCUCGUAUAUGCUCUCCUCUCCUCAGAUCAAACCUGGCUUUGCACAAAUAUCAGCUUUUGCACUCUAUACACACACACACACACACACACACACACACACACACACAAAAGCAUGUGGGUCCCAAAUGUCCAGUGGUAUCUUUUGUGGUUCACUUUUUAUUUCAAAAAAUUGUCAAGGAUUGUAUCACUGGCUGAGCCGAACAUGUAUUAUGCUUUGCACCAGAAAAAAAACCCCCCGCAAAGAACAAAAUGUACAUUCCAGUGUUCAUUUCAGACUGUCAUUUAAAAAAAUAUACUUUAGAUAGAUUCAUAAGGAUUUGGCUGAGAUAUAUAAAAAAAUAAUUAAAAUAUAUAUACACACACACAUUGUGUAAAGGCGGCAGUCUGGAGUGGAUAUUUAUUUAGCAUGAUAAUUUGAAGGUUUUCCCUAUCAGCUGGAUAGAUACAUAAGACAAGAAUCUUAUAAAUAUUGCAAAAUGCUGCAUUUGCAAAGUUCGCUCAAGGAAUAUAAGCCCUAAAGGCUGCCACCUGCCAGAUACAGAAGCGUUUUUUUGUUUUGUUUUGUUUUUUUUAUUUUAAUUGAUUUUUUUUAAACUCCCUAAAGUGCCUUACUCCAUUAGAUCCAACAAUUUUGUUUAAAUUUCUAGAGAUUGUGUUAAAGUUGUAGUGGUGCUACUUUCCAGUUAAAGAUGCGUAGUUUCCACGUUUGAUAAAUCAUGCAAAGGGAUUAGACAUGAUGAGGUGUUGGCGUCUUCCUAGGCUAUAAGGUAAUAUGAUGGCUCUCAAGAAUUACAUGAAACUGGAAAAAAAAAUAAAAGCGAUUUGGUGCUCAAAUCGUUUGUGGAAUAUGAACGGAAACGUGUGGCGCUAAAUUAUCUGCAAUUUUCUAAAAAGGCUUGAAGGAAACUCGUUCAGCAUUUUCAUGCGUAGUUCAUCAUUGCAAUAAGUCAUGGCAGCUAAAAAUGCGUACGUAUGACCCAAGCCUUUUUAACAUUUUCUAAUGUUUUCUACAUUAAAAAAAAAAACAUUCCGAGCCUAAGUAGCUUAAUACCGUUUUGUCUUGAUGUGGAUCAAAUUUUAAUCCCACAAGUGAAAAGAAUGAAAAUUAUUAGCGUGUGGUAAAUGGUAGAGGUCUAAAAUACAUUUUCUCAUUCACUCUCUCACUCUCACUCACACACACACACACACACACACACACACACACACACAUACAGGUGUGUACACAUUUGCAGGUCAUUUUGAGUAUUUUGAGAUUUAUUCCCUGUUUUUAAUAGAAGCCGUCUGCGUGCAAAGCAUAAAAUCAUACUCUCGCUUUUGUUUGUCUAUUCCCAGGUUGAUGAUGAUGAUGAUGAUGAUAAUAAUAAUAAUACCUUGCUCUUUAACUGGGUAUGCGUGAAUGUAUAAAAAAAUAAGUGAGUCAACAAAGUAGUUUGAAUGGCUCACCUAGAUCUUGUUUUGAGCUUUGACUUGAAUUGAAGCGAAUGUGUGGAAUUUGAAAGCAAACUGUAGCAUCUUUUUAAUGUUGUGGCAGCUGUGAUCAUUUCCUGCUUAAAAUGCUUUUACCCCCCCCCCCCCUUUUUUUUUUUUUUUUUGCGCUCGAGAUCCUUGUUCAGACAGUAGUAGUGUAGCACCGCAUCUUUUUACUGCUGAAGCCGGAGUUUGCGUCGGGUUUCGGCUCUUCCCCUCCAGCCGAGUCGGUGAAGCUGUUUGUUCUGAGUGACCCUUAAACUGCAGUCAAAUUCUCCAGCGUUCAGGACCAUUUCAGAAGUGUGAAUUUGACUGCAGUUGGGGGGGGGACUGUCCCUACUCUGCUGUAAUUUGUUGUACAUCAGAGUUUAAAAAAAAAAAAAAGGGAAAAAAACCCAACCCUCCACCCUGAUUUUAGUUCUUUUCACGCUUGUGUUCAUUUCUCUUCUCGGUAGUUGUGCAUCAAAUACAUAAGGGGGGGAGGGGGGCCUUUUUCCUAUACGAUCUUUGGAUGUGUGAGUGGAAAGUCUGCUUAAGAGAGUGUAAACGUGUGUCGGGGGAUGGGUUGGGGUUUUUUCUUUUUCUUUCUUCAGCCGUGUGUUAAAACUGAUGACACUGCCUUUCAGGACAUGAGCUAAAGCAUUAACCAAAAAGCGCGUGCAUGCACGCAAUUGUUUGUGUGCGCGUAAUUUUGCGCGCUCACGCGCGAUUGUUGUGCGCACAUGCGUGAUUGUGCGUGUGCACGUAAUUGUGCGUGCGCUCAUGCGUGAUGGUGUGUGCGAGAUUGUGUGCGUGUGAUGGUGUGCGUGUGAUAUUGUGUGUGAUAGUGUGUGAGAUUGUACGCACACGUGUGAUUGUGUGCGUAAUUUGUGCUUGUGUGUGUGCAUGCUUGCGUGUGCGCUUGUGUGAUGCGUGCGUGUGCGCGAUUUGUGCGCACGUGUGAUUUGUGCGUGUGAUUGUGUGAUUUGUGCAAUUUGUGCUUGUGUGAUUUGUGCGUGCGUGCGAUUUGUGCGUGUGCGAGAUUUGUGCGCACGUGUGUGAUUUGUGCGCGCAAU